CGCCUCCCCUCCCCUCCCCUUCCAUCCUAGAGGACGGAGCGAUGCGGAGACAAUAGGACGCAGAGCCGGAGGAGGCUGCAGGAUGCUCGGCGCCACAUCCACCGUCACAGGGCUGCACGGAGGCUUCUCACAGAAAAGCGACUGCAGGCGUUUCUCCCGGCUUACCUGGCUUUAGUAUGCGCUCAGAUCAUCCUGUGUGUUUACCAGCAGCCUGGGCUGACAGGGCGGACUCCACAGCCCUCAUAUGGGAACCAACUGAAGGGUGUUAGCUGCUGCUGCUCCUGUCCUGCCUGAGCGUCUGUUACCCAGUUUUUCCAUCCAGUCCGUCCCCUGAAGUGGUCAUCAGAAUGAGUUCCUCUCCGCUGGUGUCUCGAGCCAACAUGGACAUCCUGGAUGAGCUGCAGCUGAUUGCAGCCCAGAACCUGGAGAGGCUCGAGGUUAACAAGUACUACGAGGUGAUCCGGGAGUUGGGCAAAGGCACCUACGGCAAGGUGGACCUGGUCAUCCACAAGAUCAGAGGUACAAAAAUGGCACUAAAGUUCCUGAAGAAGAAGACAACCAAGCUGAAGUCGUUUCUGCGAGAGUACAGCAUCUCACUCUACCUGUCCCCCUGCCCUUUUAUCAUCAACAUGUUCGGCAUCGCCUUUGAGACGGACGACUACUAUGUGUUCGCACAGGAGUACGCUCUGGCAGGCGACCUCUUCGACAUCAUUCCUCCACAGGUUGGUCUUCCUGAGGCGGUGGCGAAGCGCUGUGUGCACCAAGUAGCCAUUGCUCUUGACUAUCUGCACUGUAAGAAACUGGUCCACAGGGACAUCAAGCCUGAAAACAUUCUCAUUUUUGACCGAGAAUGCCGCAAGGUCAAGCUGUCCGACUUCGGCAUGACACGCCGAGCCGGCUCACCUGUGAAAAGAGUGAGUGGUACCAUCCCCUACACGGCCCCGGAGCUCUGCGACGUCUCCCGUCAUGAGGGUUUCUGUGUGGACUACAGCACUGAUGUCUGGGCCUUUGGCGUACUGCUUUUCUGUAUGCUGACUGGUAACUUCCCCUGGGAGAAGGCGCUGCCAUCCGACUCCUUCUACCAGGAGUUCAUCCGCUGGCAGAGGAGGAGGACGAACGCAGUACCGUCUCAGUGGAGGCGCUUCACUGAGCAGGCCCUUCGCAUGUUCCGCAGGCUGCUCUCCGUGGAACAGGACCGCCGCUGUUCCGUCAAAGAAGUGUUCGGCUACUUCAGCCACUCCUGGAUGCUGGACGCAGAGAACAACAACAACGGCAAUGGCAAUAGCAACAGCGGAGGUGGUGGAGAGAGGGUGAGUGGGGGAGGAGGUGGAGGAGCAGAGGUGCGCGGAGAGUUGGAUGGCACCAUCUCGUCAUCUUCAUCUGGAGAGGAAGACGAGGAGCUCCUUGUGGAGAGGAUGAAGCAGCAGACUUUAUCUCCUCUCUCACCGCUGUCACCCCUCUCACCCCUGUCUCCGGUCGUGGUAGAGAGGCGUAGCGGCGCCGGAGCUAAGGGUGGGAUGACAGAACCGGGCGGCGGCCACCAUUUUGUGUCCGUCUCCACCAACAGCUCUGUAUCAUCCACCAACAGUUAUGAUCGAAUGCCGCGAGAAAACAGUUCACCCGGUGGUCGCAUGCUGGUGGCUACACCCAUUGAAAUCUGUGUGUGAGUGUGUCAGGACGUUAAUGUUGUCACACUCACCCACUACACACUUUUAUACCUCCAACCACUUAGAUGUGCAUGCAUCCAAAAAGAAACAGACAAAGAAUAUUAACGUGUAUCCUGUUUGAAACAUCUUGAGAAAAGAAGAGCACACAUGGAAGACUUAGAAAGUGUUUCUAGACUGCACACAUUCCUCGAGAGGUACAGUUUUUGGUCAGAUUGGUGUCAGAAGACUCCAAGAGAAGCCCCAUUUACACUUUGAUUUCAGUCAUGUGUGCAAACGGAGUUUUGUGAAAAACAGGAAAAAUGAAAAACUGAGAUUCUUUCACUAAAACCAUCUGAAAAGAAGACCAACAUGUAUUUCUUAAAGCAAUACUUCCAGCAAAAAAAAAGUAAACGGAGACCCAAAAGUGGAAGAGUGCUGUGUGAUCUCUUCAGGACGUGUCCGGUUUUCAUUUUUUAAUGAAGCCAAGGGACAAACGAUUUGUAUUUUUGAAGUAGACUAAAGCAGUUCAAGGAAAGACCUUAUAGGAUAAAAAUGAGCGAACGGUGGUUUUAAAUGUUCCAUGUGUAAACAAAAAUGUGGACGUGUGAGUGUGUCUGUGUAUCACCGUGCGUUCAGUAUGUAUGAAUCCAGAAGAAGUGGAUUUAUUUUGCUUUGAGAAUUUAUUUAUUUUGAAUCUAAAAAGACUACACACUCUAUUUUUUCUAUUGGGUUUUUUUUUUUUUUGUAAAGCAGCUUUCGUUGUUUUUCGUUAGAUGUCACGUUGUAAUUUGAUGCUCUGGCACAGCUGUGCCAAAUCCACUUCUCUGCACGUUUGGUCGGCUGCUGUACAUGCUGGUAUGAACGGCUGUGUGUUAUGUGUGAGCUUUAACCAGUGGUUUUCAGACGGAACAUUUUACCGCCCAUGACUGGACUGAGAGAAGGCUUAUGAUGUCUGUUCUUUAUGUCAAACAUAUCUGAAGACUGUUUUCUACUCACUCAAAAUUCAGUUUGUACAGCUUCUGUUUCCUUUGAAACCUUUCCUUAAAAAAAAUUUGUUUGUAUUGUUUAUGUUUUGCAAAAUGUAUGGUCUGAAAAACAAAAUGAUCGCUUAGCAUUUUCAAUUGGAUCUGAGGAAAAGAAUCACAAAAGAUGCUGAAGAGUCAUCUUUUAUAAAUUGCAUGAAGAGUAGCUCAAAAUGACAUUUAUGAAAAAUUUGAACUGGCUUUCCAAAAAAAAAAAAAUUUGGGGGGGACAAAAAAAAAAGAAAAAAAAAAAGAUAAAAUGUUGUGAUGUGGAAUUUUUGCCGUAGCACAAUUUGUUGUCCCAGAGUAAAUAUUGCCGUCAUGAGACAUCCUAGGGCUAAAAAAAAAUCUAACAGUUUUUAUUCAGUGUGUUGUACUUGUAUUGCUAUUAAUGUUGUGUACAUCUUACCACCUUCAGGAACAGAAAAAAAAAGCAAAGCAUGAGGACAUAGAGCGAGAGGCUUGACUUUAAAACAGGUAGAGAAUUAAAUGAUGUAAUUUUAGAAGAGGUUUUUGCUUCUAAAUUGCCACUUUUAGUGAAGUAGUGUGGCAUAGAUGUUUUUUUUACCAAGUUAAAAUUAACAGCAAAAAAAAAAAAAAAAAGGAUCAAAUGCUUUAAGUCAUCAUGAAUAUUACGUAAAUAAUUUGAAGGGGAAAAAAGCAUCGGAUCGUGCACAGGAAUGGGCGUUUUGUGUGUUGCUUUCCGGACAUAAAUCUGCAUGAACUUGUAUGUGCUAAAGCUCUGUUGUGAAAACCUGCUCUGUGUUUCUCCUGUCACAAGCUGUAGUACUCUGUAGAUGUAGUAUAGCUGCAAACAACAUGUUUCUUUAUCUUGUGAGAGUCAUUAGCCUCAGCUUGGAUAUGCCUGACUGUGGAUCAGCAAAACUCUGUUCAGCCCUCACAUAAACAGUUUGGAUCAUGUCCAUCAAGGCUGCUCCCGGAUCAGCGAGCGAGUAUGCAAAUUACUACAUCUUGUGACAAUCUCUGACCUCAUCCGCAGCCUUCUGACUCAGUACAAAGGACGGUCCUGAUACAGACACUGUAGCCGUGCUGUUUUCUGCAGUCGUUUGCUCUCCAUAAGCAGCUGCAUAAGCGCUGGCUCUGCAGCGUUUACUGUGUGAACUCCAGCACAUCAGAAGAUUCACAUGACCGUUUAAAGGAGAGAUUACACGGGCCUGUACAUUACCUCAUUAUGCCAUUCCUUCUGUGCAGCAUUCCCCCUGAAACCAACUUCCAGCUUCUCCUUAGCACUACUGAGAUGUCCCUACAGUGUAUCAAACGUCCAUGCUAUCAAAGCAUUCAGUGUGAUUAGAAAUCAGUGGUGGAGCCAAGGGGUGGCCAGUGAUGGUGUCAAGUGCUGUCACUUUUUGAAAAUAAAUAAAUAAAUAAAUUAACUAAUAUGUAAUUUGCUCAGAUUAUAUGUAACACAACGCACAUAAAGUUGGCGCAGAAAUGACAUUCUGUUCAGCUGUGCAUCAGAUGCCUUAAUUAGCAUCAAGCUAACAUCUGACUUGAGUUUUGUGUUUUGAAAGGGCAGUAAACAGCUUUAUCUUUAUCUACAGGUUUAACCAAAUACGAUGAAAAUUUUUUACCAUGUAAAAAUGGCAGUUUAAAUUUCAAAUAAAAGGUGACAGUUCUAGUGGCCACCACCACACUGGUCAUCACACGCAGCACCACUUUUCUAGUCCCCUGUUUUCUUUAUGGAAACCUUUCCUGCAAAUAUUUAAGCCAACCAGCUUUUUCAUAUGUUUUGCAGGAAUUAUAUUAAAGGUGCCCUGUGGAGUUUUUAAUGUAAAUAAACAUGAUGUCCUGUCUCUGUUUCUUGAGGCAGUACUGCCACUAACUGUCAGUAGAAUAACAUAAAACAUGACAGGAUGCACAUUUCUUGCAUAUGUGCAUACGAGUUCCUGUAUGUGCAAAUGGGCACUCAUAUGCAAAAACAUAAUCCAUAGCUACAAGUGGUCAAAAGCUCCACAGUGUACCUUUAAAGGACUGUCUUUCAGAGUUAGAGACAUUUGUGCACCUGCUUUGCAUCAGCGUAAUGACUUUGAAGUUUUGUUUUGGCCCAUGAGAAUAUUCAGGACUCACUUUAGACAAGCUGGCCCAAUUUUGAUCAUAAGCAAAUGUCAUUUAACUUCCAUUAAAUAUAUAUAACCUCAUUAAAUGUUAUCUCUAAUAGUGUGCUGUUGGCUUGGGGCUGAUCUAGCAAUGACUGUUACGGAGUGUGUGAAUUUUUUCUUUUUCUUUUUUUUUUUUUUUAAAGUGAUCCAAAGUGACUAUUUUACCAGUGUCACCAUGCCAUGCAAAAAAACAAACAAAAACAACACAAUAAGGCACAGAUUUCUGUCACAAAGUGAUUAGUUGUUUUAGCCACCAGUAUAAAACCUAUUCGGCUCCAUCACUAAAUUCUGUGAGAUAAUGUUUGCCUGUUAAAAUGCAGAUUUAUUUGUUUCAGAGUUUUAUAAGACAAAAUGGCUAAGACAAUAAAACAAGCCUAGGCUGACAUUAAGAAAAGAUACUAAAGAAAGAUAAACUAAAGAAACAAGCUGAUUUUGGGCAUAAUCUUGGCAUAAUUUCAUCCUAGAUGAUUUAUGCCUUAACAGAAAAUUAGAAUGGAUAUUUUGGUGUAGCAACACAAGCUGCUCCUGUUAGAAUCAGAACCAGUAUUUGCUGCAGCUGAGGACACCUGACAUGGGAGGAAGGAUGAGUCAUACCAAACUAGACAUUAAGGGAUACGUCACCGUCCCUUUUCUUCCUUGUAAGGUCUGAUUCAGUCGCUGCUGCCUCCUCACCUCAUCCAUAACAUACUGCGUUGUAGUGGACUUCCAGUGUCUUCACUGUCCAGUGGCAUAUUUCAAAGCAUCAUAACUUUGGUGGAGUUUUAGUGAGUAGAUGACUGCAGCACUAGAACUCGUAUCCAGUUCUGUCUUUGCAAUACAACUGUCUUCCUGUAAGCUGAGAUUUAGUCAAUAAAAUGAGAAUUCUUGUUGAUCUUUUUUGUCUCUUUUUUUCCUCAAGAAUCUUCUGGGAUGCAGUAAGACAAAGCAGGA